AUGAUUGACAAGCACGAAUUAGAGCAACAGAUUCAGCAAUUAGAGGUGCAGCUUUCAUCCGCCAAGCCAAACCUCUCGGUCUUGGAGGAGUACAAGAAGCGUGAAGAAGAGUACUUGGCCAGAGCAAAAGACCUAGAAGAGAUUACUGUCCGGAGAGAGGAGGCUAAAAAAGCAUAUGACGAGCUUCGAAAACGACGGCUGGAUGAAUUCAUGGCAGGGUUCCAGAUCAUCUCGCAACGACUGAAGGAGAUGUACCAAAUGAUUACGCUAGGAGGCAAUGCAGAACUGGAGCUGGUUGACAGUCUGGAUCCUUUUUCAGAAGGUAUUAUCUUUAGUGUCAUGCCUCCUAAAAAGAGUUGGAAAAACAUCUCCAACUUGUCUGGAGGUGAAAAGACAUUGAGUUCUCUUGCUCUUGUUUUUGCAUUGCACCACUACAAGCCCACACCAUUGUAUGUGAUGGAUGAGAUUGAUGCAGCCCUUGACUUUAGGAAUGUCUCGAUUGUGGCCAACUAUAUCAAAGAGCGGACAAAGAAUGCACAAUUCGUGAUCAUUUCACUUCGUAACAACAUGUUUGAGCUUGCGGAUCGCCUUGUGGGUAUCUAUAAAACCAAUAAUAAGACAAAAUCGAUCUCAAUCAACCCUUCAGCAAUCACAGUAUUACGGCCGAUACCAAUGACACCUUCGUCUUCACAGAUGUAUGGACAACGGCAAGGCGAGGGCGCCGCAAGAAGGAUGUCAACAAUGUCAAGACAUACAUCAGAUCUAAGUGCCGGUGGUCCUUCAAAACUUAGACAUUUAGGUAGCGCUAGUGAACCAAUUGCUUUGUAA